CUCUUUACUUUGCUUCCUUCGCUGGCGGACGGAGCUCAAAUCGUUCUUUAGCUUUUUCAAUUCAACGUGGGGUAUCCUCGUACCUGACAACUCAUUGUCUAAUUUCAUUCAAAUUUGCUGGACAAAUAUUUAUUAGAAGUUGCACCUGUCGAGUCUGCUUCAAAAUACAAAGGUACACAGAAAGGAUCUUUUGAGUGCGUCGUUUAAAUGAGAUUGGAGAUGCUCCUGUCUUUGCUGCUGUGUGCCAUCUGUCUGCUCAUCCUACCGUCCUCCUCUACCCCCAGCCAAGCCUCAGAUGACUCCAGACUCCUACAGGUGACCAUCCCUACGACCCCUCCCUUAUCUGCCGUCUUGGGGGGCUCUCUUACCCUACCUUGCCUGGUGUCUCUGUCCCACCCGCCCCCCAACACGAAUGGCCGCCACGCCGUCCUCUCCCUACCCAGGGUCAAGUGGAGCAUGCUGUCCCAGGGGCACGAGACUGAGAUCCUGGUGGCCCGAGGGGACAGGGUGAAGGUCAGCGAGGCAUACAAGGACAGAGCCUCCCUGCUCCAUUACGCUUCCUCCCCGGCCGACCUCACCCUGAGGCUGGAUGGCCUGCAGUACAACGACUCUGGCUUCUACCGCUGUGAGGUGCAGCAGGGCCUGGAGGAUGCCGACGGUGUGGCUCAGGUCAAGGUCAAAGGGGUGGUGUUCCACUACCGGGAUGCUUCCAGUCGCUAUGCCUUUACCUUUACGCAGGCCCGGGACGCCUGUGAAGAGAUCGGGGCUCACAUCGCCACCCCAGAGCAGCUCUUGGCAGCCUACCACAGUGGCUAUGAGCGGUGUGAUGCGGGCUGGCUCUCAGACCACUCAGUGAGAUAUCCCAUCCAGAUGCCACGAGAGGGAUGUUUUGGAGACAUGGACGGGCAUCCUGGAGUGAGGAACUAUGGGCUGCUGGAACCUGAUGAGCUGUACGAUGUAUACUGUUAUGUGGAGAACAUAGAGGGGGAAGUGUUCCAUGGCUCUUCCCCCCGAAGUUUCACCCUGUGGGAAGCUAAGGCCUAUUGUCUGGCCCAGGGAGCGGAGCUGGCCACCACAGGUCAGCUGUAUGCAGCCUGGAAUGACGGACUGAAUGCCUGCAGCCCGGGGUGGUUGGCUGAUGGGAGUGUACGCUACCCCAUUGUCACUCCCAGGGAGCGUUGUGGUGGAGGGGAGCCUGGGGUCAGGACUGUCUAUCGCCAUUUGAACCAGACAGGCUUUCCAGAGGCACACACUCGCCAUGACACUUACUGCUUCCGAGGCAACAGCAACACUCACACCGAAUCUCCCCAUGAUUACCUGGCAACAGAGCCAGAGGACAUCGGCCAGGACAUUGUGACGCUGUUUGAGCCUCUGGAGGAAUUCAGCCUGGGUCAGGUGACGGAGCAGGUGAUGAGCGAAGAAGUUCAGGGCUACCUGACUGCACUCCCUAUUCCAGCGGAGCAGCACCCAUCAGAGCAUAUAGAGGAGCAGGGGGCUGUCCCUGGAGAGCAGUACCCAGAGCAGGGGGCUGUCCCUGGGGAGCACGGAGAAGAACAGUGGGUUGUUCCUGGAGAACACGGAGAGGAGCCGGGGGCUGUUACUGAGGAGGCGUACAUCAAGGAGGACGGAGAGGAGCAGGAGGCUGUGCCUGGGCAGCAUAGAGAGGAACAGGGGGUUCACCAUGGGGAGCAGUACCCAGACCAGCCUGGAGAGGAGCAGGGGGCUGUCGAUGGCCCAGGCCCUACUGUAGUCUAUCACGAGGAGCUACCCUUUCCGGUUGAACCCCAAGACCCAUUCACCCCCACAUCCUUCCCCCAAGACCUGGAGCCCACAGAGGACACCUGGCAGCUGGUGAAAGAGGUCAGCAACCCAGAAUCAUAUCAGCCUGCCACUGAGGAGGCAAACUUAGAUUCAAACUACCCAGUCACACCCUAUGAUGAGCUGAAUGCAAACCCAACACUGUAUCCACCUUCUCCCGAGACAAAUUAUGAAUCAGAUGAUCUUACAACUGCUCAUGAAGACAACAUUGGUAUCCCCGAUCCCUACCAGCCCUCGUUAGAGUCAAACAUGGAAUCAGGAGAGCCCUCUAUAGAGGGUGUACCUGGGACUGCUCUGGAGGCCCCCGUGCCCACCACAGCAUAUGAGGAGGUGGACAGGUCCAGUGAUCCACAUCCCAUGCCUGGCACAACCCCUGAGAGUGGUGAGCCAACAGAGUCUCAGUAUGGUAUUUCAGAGGAAAGCCAAAUGCAAACAGAGAUCACCCAGGAGACCGAACACUACACUUUUACCUCUGAGACCACAGGCUCUAAUGUAUCAGGAGUUGAAGCCACUACUAGUUAUGACAGCUCUCCAGAGGAGCAACUGGAAAGCGGGCUGCCCAUACCUCCUGAGGAGGACCACUCCGGAGAUGAGCAUGCCAUCCAGGUGGAGCAUGUCACGGACACGGUCUACCCAAGCACCUCUUAUGACCUCUCAGGAGGGUCCAUCAGGCCUGAGGGAGCCAUCACUGGGGGUGUUGAGGAUACAUCUGUAUCUUCCACUUCACCUCAUGAGGAAACGGAGCUCUUCCCUGACCAGUCCACCACUCAGCCUACAUACUGGGAGAACACACCUGAAUACCACCGAACCAACUCUGUGGACCACAGUGCCAGUGUCCUUCUCCCUGAGGAGCAUACCACAUCACUGGACUCAUUGGUCUUCCAGACAGAGGAGAACAGUGGCUCUGCUACGGCUGAAUCAGGAGACCUGGCUACCCUAAGCCCUUUGGAGAUGGACCCCUAUGAACUGAUCCCUACCUCUGAAUAUGCUUAUGACCCCACUCAGGAGCAGUCUGGUGUCACGUCACCCGACUCCUCUACCGUAGAUGACCAUGUGGAGCAGGAGGCAGGAGGCACAGUGGACUCAUUACCAGAAGUUUCCAAUGGUUCCACUGACCAGGAUGAGCACACUGACCUGGGUUCAGUUCCAACUGACGAAGUCCUUACAGUUAUUUAUGACACUGACUCUAGUGAAGCCUCUGGGGUCCACAAGGGAAUGCUUGACAUUACCCUUUUGACAUCCCCCAUACCUAUAACCUAUUCGCCCCCGACCCAGCGUUCCAUGGAAGCAGGGGCCAGCUCCCCAGGUGACUUCAUAACCGUCAUCCCAGAAUCAAGCGUUCCAUCUGGGUUUGAACCCCUGGAGGAAGGGCUGGAGAAGGUGGAGCAAGAGGGGUUGGGUGAAAUCCCAGAAGUAGUCGAAACUACUACCCCAGAGACAGCUUCUGGUGAGGAGGUGAGUGGAGAAGAGGAGAGUGGUCAGGAGGCGAGUGGAGGCAAGGAGAGUGGUCAGGAGGCGAGUGGAAAUGAGAAGAGUGGUCAGGAGGCGAGUGGAGACGAGAAGAGUGGUCAGGAGGCGAGUGGAGACGAGAAGAGUGGUCAGGAGGCGAGUGGAGACGAGAAGAGUGGUCAGGAGGCGAGUGGCCAAGAGGAGGUGGAGUCUGGCCUAGGAUCAGGAUCAGACGAGGAGCACUCUGAAUCUGCUGAAUCUGGAGAUAGCUCAGGGAUCCUUGAACCAGAAGUCCCAUACAUGAAUGAAACUGUCAUUCCCAUCAAUGGCACAAAUAGCACAGAUAAAAGCGAGCCUGAGUCGAGCACAGAUGCGCCUUCUACUGAUAUGCAGAUCACGCUGCUCUCUGACUUGUCCCAGACCCCCCUGCCCUCCCCCACCAUACCCCAAGAGUCCCGGGCUGAUGUAAAUCUGGAGUACAGUGGGGAGACCUCACUCACUGAGGACCCUGACUCCAUCACUCCACUCACUAAGGAGCCUGAGGAGACCCCCAGCCCGACGCCCACCACAGAGGACUACGAUGACCAGACUACGACGGCAGCACCCCUAUAUCCAGAGGACGUUGAUGAGGAGAAACUGAUUACCAUUCCUACUACUCCAAGAUUUGGGAACAUUUCAGAUUCCUGCCAUGAGAAUCCUUGUUAUAACGGGGGAACAUGUGUUGACAGUGGGUCUUCAACCAGGUGCCUUUGCUUGCCCACCUAUGGAGGAGACAUGUGCCAGACAGACCUGGAGGUGUGUGAGCCAGGUUGGGAAAAGUUCAUGGGCUUCUGUUACCGACAUUUCACCAAGCGCCAGGGCUGGGAGGUGGCAGAGCAGCACUGUCGUAUGUGUGGCGGUCACCUGAUCUCGGUCAUGACCCCUGAGGAACAGGACUACAUUAAUGAUAAGUACAGAGAGUACCAGUGGACGGGACUGAAUGACAGGACCAUAGAGGGAGACUUCCGCUGGUCUGACGGGAAUCCUCUGUUGUAUGAGAACUGGUACCGGGGCCAGCCUGACAGUUACUUCCUGUCUGGAGAGGACUGUGUGGUGAUGGUAUGGCAUGACGGGGGGCGCUGGAGCGAUGUGCCCUGUAACUACCACCUCUCCUACACCUGCAAGAAGGGCACCUCUUUCUGUGGCCAACCCCCCAUCAUUGCCAAUGCCAAGGUGUUUGGUAAGUCGCCUCUGCGCUACGAGACCAACUCCAAGGUGCGCUACUACUGUGAAGAAGGAUUCCUCCAGACACAGAACCCCGUCAUUAAGUGCCUAUCCAACGGCCAAUGGGAGGAGGCUCUGAUCACCUGUCACCCUGCCCUGACCAACUUGGCAGAGGGAGAGCAGAAGGUCACAACGCCACGCUAUCAGAACGAGGGGGUGGAGGUGGUGGACACAGCCACGGAGAAAGCCACUUCAGAGUUCUGGGACAUCAAGUGGAACUAAUAAGCUCAUCAAACUCAAUAUGCCCCUUCCCUCUGCCCCCUUCCCUGGAAUCCUAUGUUCCACUCAAAGACUGUCCAACCUUGUCCCUCCAACAAGGUGGAGCCUUGUAAAAUAAAUGUUCUCCCUGAGAACGAGUCAUCACAUUCCUGUCACCAGCUCUUUCCAGGAUAAACCCAUUUAGAACAUCAACAGACUUGAUCGAUCACACUUACAAAUAAGAGUACAUAACAUAAGGCCACUAUUAGAGAAAAUGGAUCACAUUUGAACAGUACAGUUUGUCAUUGGAAUGAGCUUUAACGAAGAUGUCCCAUCCAUCAUUGGGCUUGUUUGUUGCAUGUGAUUGUUGACUAGUGAAGUACUUCAAUAUCCACCUGUGCUACGACACUGUUGGAUUACUGUAUUUGACUGCUAGUAACAUGUUUUAUGACAUGUUUAUGAUGGUAUACAGUAUGAUUUUGAUGGAGAGUUUUAGUAAAGUGCAACCUAAAUCUCAACCUCAGCUGGUCUGACAUUAACUGAAGCCACUUUCCCACUCUCUGCCACAAAGACAGAAUUAAGAUUUCCACUUUUGUAUGCUUUUGUAUAAGAAGAUCUCCUUAUCAAUCCACAUCUUCUCAAUUCCCACAACCCAAAGCAUUUUCUCAACAUGUCCUCUUAUGUGGUUCUUUGUUUUUCAGGUGUCUUAAACUUUAGACACAAUAUUAGAAGCCAAUAUCCACUUUAAAAGUACUUGGUUUGAGAAUAGCCAGAAUCCAAAGUUUGUUAUUUUAAAACGUAAUCACUAAGAUACUAGGAAGAAUAUGUGAAAAUGUCCACAAUGGUAUUUCAAUUUUCAUGCAUCAAUUACAUCAUUGUCUUAGUUCCAGUGGAAGUACUACUUUACGUUGGUAGUGUUUAACAGUAAUCAAAUAAUUCUAAUUGUUAAUCCCAUUUGUGACUGCACAAUUACACAAUGAACAUGUUAUGAAAGAAAAAAGGUCAUUGUAAACUAAUUAAAACUUAAUUUUGUUAAUGUAGUCUGAGUUAUUGGAGAAUAGAAAAUAAAUCUAAUAAAACGA